AUGCUCAUGAUGACCGGAAUUAAGUUCAUGUGUGCACACUACUUCCGUACAAAGGAAAGGAUUCCACAUGCAGAAUUGAAAUGCCGAAAAUGUCUAGGUUUAAGAUACCGGAAGAUCUACGCCAAUAAGAAGGGAAGCGCUCGCUAUUACCGCCAGACGUCGCUCCCCUUCCUGCCCUCCUGCAGCCACAUGGAACAAGGAGCCGAUGACAGAGGCUGCGUGAGGUGCACUGACUACAAGGAGGUAUUUGGGUCCUAUGCUGCAGUCAGAUUAGUGGAGGCAAUUCCAAGACCUAAGAAGCGGUCCUCGGGGAGGCUAAUUGGCUCUGUAGCUCGUCGCUGGAAGAAGAGUAGCGUAAUUAAACGUCUACAUACACGCAAGCAGCAUCACUUGUUAAAGAGUUUGACUAUGAGAUUCUAUAGGCGCCGGAUCAUGCCCAAGCCCUCGGUCUUGUUUAACCCUUGGCAUGUGACUCGUACGAGGACAUCAGACUCUAUCUACGCCAAUAAAGAAAGGGAAGCUGCUCGCCAUUACCGCCAGACCGUCGUCGGUUCCGCCCUUUCCUGCCCUCCUGCAGCCACAUGGAACAAGGAGCCGAUGACAGAGGCUGCCGUGAGGGUGCACUCGACCUACAAGGAGGGCGCCGGAUCAUGCCCCAAGGCCCUCGGUCUCUGUUUAAAUCCCUUGGCAAUGCUGAUCUCGUACGAGGGACAUCAGACUCUGUAUGAGUUCCUGAGGAGCGAUAGGACUGACAAAGAGUUAAUGGACGUCGCCAUUGACAUCUGCGUCAAGGUGAGGGAAAUCCAUCAGAAAGGCAUCAUUCACAAUGACCUGAAAUUGGACAACCUCAUGGUCGACGAAGGCCGGAAGGUGCAUGUUAUUGACUUUAACAACGCCGUCGAAAAUGGAAAACCAUUCUGCAACACCGGUCAACCACACGCCUUGCCGUGGUUGGCUCCCGAGCUCUUCCACAUAAUCCCGGUCUCGCCCGUCUAA